AGAAUGGAUGUCACACUGGGCUGCGAUGCAUCUGGUCAUAUUCCUGAAGGCUGUCGUCGCUGGCUGUGGACUUAUCGCGUUCGCUCUCGAGUGCUGCGGCUCAGAAUUCACAAAAGAGGACCAUCCUGAAGUUGCGGACAAUGAGAGUCCUCUGUUGACGGCCAAUAUCUUCAGCAUCUGUACAUUCUCCUGGAUGUCUAGCCUUAUGAAGAAGGGCGCGACCCGAUACAUUACCGAGGAAGACUUGCCGUCCCUGGUCCCUAAGGACGAGUCGGCAAAUCUCGGGAAACGGCUGCAGGAGUCGAUGAAAAAGCACAAAAAUCUUGCCGUCGCCCUCUUUGCGGCAUACGGCGGACCCUACGCUUUCGCCGGCUUCCUCAAACUCGUCCAGGAUUGUCUUGUUUUCCUGCAGCCUCAGCUUCUUCGUUGGCUACUCUCGUAUAUUUCUGCCUAUCAAAGUGCCAGGCCAGACGGUAUUGUUCAGAACGGCGCGCCCAGCCCCUUUGAAGGGUUCGCUAUCGCUGUCAUCAUGUUUUGUGCAUCCAUCUGCCAGACCGCUAUCCUGAACCAAUACUUCCAACACUGUUUCGAUACUGGUAUGCGUGUUCGCGCAGGUCUCGUAACAGCCAUUUACCAAAAGGCACUGGUACUCUCGAACGACGGGCGCAGCAGCGCAUCGGGCGACAUCGUUAACCUCAUGUCUGUGGACGCCGUGCGACUCCAGGACUUCUGCACGUACGGCUUAAUCGCCAUCUCUGGACCCUUCCAGAUCAUACUGGCCUUUACGUCGCUGUACAGCAUCCUCGGCUGGCCUGCCUUUGUCGGCGUUGCUAUCAUGGUUUUCUCGGUCCCGCUCAACACGUUCAUCGCGCGAAAGCUUAAGAAAAUGCAGGAGAAGCAGAUGAAGAACCGCGACCAGCGCACGCGGCUUAUGAGCGAGCUGCUCGCCAACAUCAAGAGCAUCAAGCUCUACGCCUGGGAGAACGCGUUCAUGCGCAAGAUCCUCUUCGUGCGCAACGAUCUCGAGCUCAAGAUGCUCCGCAAGAUUGGCAUCGCGACGAGCCUGAAUAUGGCGCUCUGGUCCGGCAUCCCGCUGCUCGUCGCAUUCAGCAGCUUCGCGACGGCCGCCCUCACGUCAGAUGCGCCGCUCACGAGUGACAAGAUCUUCCCGAGCAUCUCGCUCUUCAUGCUCCUCCAGUUCCCGCUCGCGAUGUUCAGCCAGGUCACGUCGAACAUCGUCGAGGCGCUCGUGUCCAUCAACCGCCUCUCGGCGUUCUUCGGCGCGGACGAGCUCCAGCCGGACGCGCGCGAGGUCGUCGUGACGAAGAGCAGGCUUGAGAUAGGCGAUGAGGUGCUCGACAUCCGUAAUGGUGAGUUUACGUGGAAUAAGGACGCGCAGAGCCCGACCCUGGAGGGAAUCAAUCUUACCGUGAAGAAGGGUGAGCUCGUCGGCGUGCUCGGCCGGGUCGGUGCCGGGAAGACCAGUCUCUUGUCUGCUAUUGUUGGCGAGAUGAGGCGCAUUGAGGGAGAAGUGCAGCUGAAUGGUAGUGUCUCCUAUGCCCCGCAGAACCCUUGGAUUAUGAGCGCGACCAUCCGUGACAACAUCGUUUUCUCGUACGAGUACGAUGAGGUGUUCUACGACAUGGUGCUGGAUGCGUGUGCCCUCCGACCGGACCUUGCGCUCAUGCCGCAGGGUGACAUGACCGAAGUUGGAGAGAAGGGUAUCACACUCAGUGGCGGUCAACGUGCCCGUAUCUCGCUUGCUAGGGCCGUGUACGCCAGAGCGGACCUCGUUAUCUUGGACGAUGUCCUCGCUGCUGUUGAUUCACAUGUCGCUCGGCAUGUCUUUGAUCAGGUGAUCGGUCCGUACGGUUUGCUUGCCACAAAGGCACGGAUCAUCGUCACGAACAGCAUCGCGUUCCUGAAGCACUUUGACAAAUUGGUCUACCUGCGACGUGGUCUGAUCCUUGAGAGUGGAUCCUUCGACGAGCUGACAGCCAACUCAGCGACCGAGCUGUACAAGCUAAUUAAAGGACACGGUUCUUUGACGUCCUCUGGCAUCGCGACCCCCUUCCUGAACGGCGACAGCUCGACUCCAUCCUCAGGCACCGCAGUGGACUCACGUGAACUCACGGUCGAGCGCCUCGAAGACGUCAACGAGAGGCUACAGCGCAAACAGAGCUUCGCUAAGGCCGUGCUCGUGCCCUCGCCAACUACGCGCACAUCGUCCUCCGGCGACUCUGGGCCCUCCAAAGAGCACAUGGAGCAGGGCCGUGUUAAGCAGGACGUCUACGUCCGGUACAUCGAGGCUGCCAGCAAGAUCGGCUUUACCCUGUUCGUGCUCGCGAUGACGCUGAGCCAGGUCGUGUCUGUCGCCGCAAACAACACGCUCCGUGACUGGGGCGAGCACAAUCGAGAGGAGGGCAGCAACCGUGGUGUCGGCAGGUAUCUGAUCGAGUACGGUCUGUUCUCACUCUCGAGCACCCUGCUUAGUGCGGCGGCGGCGAUCUUGAUUUGGGUAUUCUGCGCGAUUCGGAGUGCGAGGAGGUUGCAUGACUCGAUGUUGUACGCUGUGAUGCGUGCGCCGAUGUCGUUCUUCGAGCAGACUCCCACUGGACGAAUCCUCAACCUGUUUUCGCGUGAUAUUUACGUCGUUGAUCAAGUGCUCGCGCGUGUCAUUCAGAAUGUGGUCCGCACGUUGUUUGUUACCGUGAUGAUUGUCUUGGUCGUUGGCUACAACUUCCCACUCUUCCUCGUCGCUGUACCUCCUCUCGCCUGGUUCUAUGUCAGGGUAAUGAUCUACUACCUCUCCACCUCUCGAGAGCUCAAACGUCUCGACGCUGUCUCGCGCUCACCCAUCUUCGCCUGGUUCUCCGAAUCCCUCAAUGGCUUGUCGACCAUCCGCGCGUUCAGCCAGCAAUCGGUCUUCAUCUCUACAAACGAGCGCCGCGUAGACCGCAAUCAGAUCUGCUAUCUGCCGAGCAUCUCCGUAAACCGCUGGCUCGCUGUUCGUCUUGAGUUUGUCGGUGCGACGAUUAUCUUUAUCGCUGCGACGCUGUCGAUCGCAGCGCUCAUGACGACUGGCGUCGAUGCGGGCCUCGUCGGCUUCGUCUUGUCAUACGCGUUGAAUACAACGAGCUCCUUGAACUGGGUCGUCCGUUCGAUUAGCGAGGUCGAGCAGAAUAUCGUCAGCGUCGAACGUAUCCUGCACUAUGUCGAGCUUGAGCCGGAGGCCCCUGCUGAGCUGCCUGGCAUCGACCCUGAGAGCUGGCCGUCCCAGGGCGAGGUCGAGUUCAAGGACUAUGGUACUAGAUACCGUCCUGGUCUUGACCUGGUCCUAAAGGAUAUCAACAUCAAGAUUAAUGCCAAGGAGAAGAUCGGUGUGGUGGGCAGAACAGGGUCUGGGAAGUCUUCGCUUCUCUUAUCUCUAUUCCGUAUCAUCGAGCCCGCACAAGGCACCAUUGUUAUUGACGGCGUCGACGUCACAAAGGUUGGCCUCCAUAAGCUACGCUCUGGUAUUUCGAUUGUCCCGCAAAGCCCAGACCUCUUCGAGGGCACGAUACGCGAGAAUAUCGACCCGACAAAUGCGUCGGAAGAUGCUGAUCUUUGGUGGGCUCUUGAGCAGACACACUUGAAGCAAUUUGUUGAGUCCCUGCUCGGAGGUUUGGACGCAGCCGUAAGAGAGGGCGGUUCGUCGAUGUCCGCCGGACAGAGGCAAUUGCUGUGCUUCGCACGGGCUUUGUUGCGGAAGUCGAAGAUCCUUGUGUUAGAUGAAGCGACUUCUGCGGUUGACCUAGACACCGACCGUGCGAUCCAAGAGAUUAUUCGUGGACCACAGUUCAAGGACGUCACGAUGCUCACGAUUGCGCAUCGACUGAACACUAUUCUCGAAUCUGACCGCGUCCUGGUUUUGGAUGCCGGCCGCGUCAUCGAGUACGACACCCCUAAAAGCUUGCUCGCCCAAAAGGAGACGGCAUUCUAUAGUCUUGCACAGGAGGCUGGCCUCGUUUAGCCUUACACCCAUACGACCAUCACGUUCACACGCCAUAGCAAAAAAGCUAUCGAUUACGAACAUACACAAUGUAUGACACCGCAUCUUUGUCCUACAUAGCAUGCUAGCUUGUGAAUCCAGAGUUGUACGGACUC